UGACACAGACCGUGCAGACUGUCAGUGUUUCGUCACAUCUAAAUAAAAAUCGUUGUGUCGGAGUGGUGCUUACUGUACUCUCAACACCGUGUCACAAAAUUUUAAUAUUUCACUGAACGUUGUUCAGAUGUUAUACCGCUACAAAAAAUUAAAGAAUAACGAUUGACAAAAACAGUUCACUUGGUAUCUCAAAGUCGGCGUGUGCACAAUUCAUUUCUUGUAGGCUACAGUUUUUCUUGAAAAAGUCUUUGGUGAGUUUUUUUUAUUGUCAACAAUGGCUAAAACACGUCCAGAACUCGAAGUCCUGAAAGGCAUUACACAGUUUACAACCGACCUUUACAAGGUUUUAGCUAAAACACCAGGAAACGUCAUAUUUUCCCCUAUUAGCGUUCAUGCUGUUCUUUCAAUGUCUUACCAAGGUGCCAAGGGUACAACUGCUGAAAAGUUUGCCUCCACACUGAAAGUACCUGCAGCUGCAGCUGCUGCAGAAGGGUACAACUUUGUGAUGAACCGCCUUAAUUCUGUUCCGAAUGUUACACUUUUGAUGGCGAAUAAAAUCUUUCUUAAGAAGAGCUAUCAACUCUUGCCAGAAUUCAGCAACGCCGUUAGUGAGAAUUUCCUAUCUGAAGUACAAUUACUUAAUUUUGCUGCAAAUGAGGCAGCUGCGGCAAGCAUUAAUGCCUGGGUUAAGGAAAAAACUAAAGACAAAAUCAAGGAUAUAAUUAACAAAGAUAAUUUGGAUGAAAGCACACGUUUAAUACUUGUAAACGCCAUCUACUUCAAGGGGAAUUGGGCCAUUCCAUUUCACAAGAAUUCCACUAAAACUGCUCCAUUUUACCUCAUUAAAGGAGAUAAAGUAAAUGUACCAAUGAUGAAUAAAGUAGUGAAUCUCUAUUAUAAAGCAGAUAAAAAGUUAGAUGUCCAAAUUUUAGAACUUCCUUAUACUAACGAGAAUCUAAGUAUGAUAAUUAUUUUACCUAACAAGAGGAAUGGACUUGAUAAGCUGGAAAAAAAGCUGGCUUCUUGUAAAUUAAUGGAGAUAAUGCAACAGAUGUGGAAGGUGAAUGUUAUCGUACAGUUACCUAGAUUCAAAAUUGAGCAAACUAUAUUUUUAAAUGAUCCCUUAACCAAGCUUGGACUUGGUGAAAUUUUUGAUCCACAUGCAGCUAAUUUUGGUGGUAUGAUUACGUCAAAUGAACAACUAUUUGUGAGCCAAGCUGUACAGAAAGCUUUUAUUGAAGUAAAUGAAGAAGGGGCUGAAGCAGCAGCUGCCACUCUACUGGAGGCGACGUUUUAUUGCGGCGGAAGGAGCGGUCCCCCUCCACCAAAGAAAUUUAUAGCAGAUCACCCAUUUAUUUAUUUUCUCUGUGAGAACAGAAUUAAUCCUCUUUUUGCCGGACGCCUCUCCGAUCCGAGAAAUUAAUGUUAAAUUUUGGAAUAGCCAGUAAUCAUAAUUAUAUAAAUUGAAAUAUACAGUGUACUAGUAUAUUUUACACUUACGUUAGGUAACAU